ACGCACACACACACGAUCCCACACACACUAGAGUGAGGUCAUUUUCUACGUGCGGGUUACUUGAGUGCGCGUGGUCACAGUGUUCGCGUGCGCCGCUGUAAUAGUGUUCGGUGAGGGAUUUAAAAACCUUCAGAAACAGCGACAGGAACACGUGAGAAUGGACAUUAACACGGAGGGGCAAGCCAUGUUCGCCCCACCCGCGGCUGACUUCUCGGGCCCCAGCGCUCCUCCGGCCGGCAUGUUUGACAGCGUGCCCGGCUAUGAAGGAACCGUGGCAGGAGGAGGAGGUGGAUUUCUGCCCCCACCCAUGCCGGCUUUCCCGGCUCCCCAGCCUCAAAAUGGACCCGAACAGCCACAUUGGAAUAUCCCUUCGAUAACCGAAGACACAGCUCGGGAGGCCUUCGCCCUGUUCGCCUCCAGCAAGUGCUGCUACAGUUCGGCGCCGGUAAAAGACGGCGUGAUCACCAGCAUGGACGCGUUCAACACGUACAGGUACCGCCUGGAAACCUUCACGGAGUCGAGAUCUACCGAGUGGAGUCACGAGCCGUACAAUGGCCAGCCGGUGGACGCCUUCUCCCAACCGACUCCGGGUCCUUGGGAUGUUUCUGCUAAAACCCCCAGUUUCUUCAUGGAUGACAAACAAGUCAUGAAGGUUCCAUACACGUCGUCCAUGAAGCCCUGCCACGCCUGCGUGGGAAUGGGGAGGAAACCUUGCAAAAACUGCGCCGGCUCUGGAAACAGAGUCUGUUCGCCGUGCAACGGGUCUGGUAUGCAAUACGGAGGCAAUCAAUGCCUCCACUGCAGCGGCAGAGGGAGGACGAAUUGCAGCUUCUGUCACGGGGAAGGAGCCAAGCAGUGUGACACGUGUCGUGGAAAACAGCAGCUUCUGGUCUACAUCAGCCUCACCGUGAAAUGGACCAACAACUGUGACAACUACGUUGUGGAGCAGUCGAGUGGGCUGCAGGUGGACAACCUCAGCAAAGUGUCUGGCAAGCAGCUUUUCAGCGACUCUCAGUAUCUGGUAUACCCAUUGAUGGGCUUCCCAGACCCUGCAGUGGUGAGUGCUGCUCAGCGCCUCGUCGGUGAACACCAGGGCAAGUACUCAGCCACGUCACGCAUCCUGCAACAGCGUCAAACCAUAGAGCUGAUCCCCGUCACCAAGGUGACCUACGCUUGGAAAGGGAAAUCGCACAUUUACUUUGUUUACGGGAAUGAGUUCAAAGUAAACGCGGACAACUAUCCUGCUACCUGUUGCUGCACUGUCAUGUAAUUUACAACAGUAUGAAGUUUUUUUUUUACUUUGGCAGAGGAUUAGAUAUCAAAAUAAGUUUUAUGUCAGUUCUGCUGACUAAUGGCGAGCUCCAGCACAUGUGGGGCUGUUGGGCUGUUGACGUCCAAGCGAGUCAAACAUUUAAAACGGGCAUUUAAAACAGUAUGAAGCAAGUAAAUGGAACAGAAGGAAGUCUAUUUACCUUUGAUCAAGUACUACUGCACAAUAACUAAUGUUUUGGAAACCAUUCGUGUGCCUUUUGUAUGCAUGCGCCGCAGAACAAUUAUUGUUUACUGACACAAUAUAGACCAUAAUCAAAUUAUAUUCCCUGAAUCCUGAACCUUUUUUUUUUUUUCAUCAACAGUAAAACAAAAAAUGUAUUUGCACCAGUGUUUUUUUAAUGUUAGUAAUAUGUAUGUGAACCUCAUCCUAAUCUUUCAUAAAAUAACAUAUUAGUUUUCUGUUUAUGUAACAAAUUGUUAAAUGUUCAUGAUCAUAUGAGACAAAAAUGUAUAAUACUUUAUUUUGAACUGUUACUUGCUUUUAAUAAAUGCUAUUUUUUCUUGUUUUA